UCUUCUGCUUCCUUUUCAAAGUUUAUUUAUCAAUUCAAAGUUCAAGUCCGUCACAGAUAAAGUAUAAUAGACCUUUCAGCAUGUUCUAAGAUCUACUUGCGAACAACUUUUGUUUCUCUUUUUAAAAGUUUUCGAAAAAAAAAACAUUGAGUAAACUCGGAACACAGUACGAUCUUUUUUAUCUCCUUGAAUAAAUCAUACAUACGCACAUACAUACAUAUAUUUGAAACUCUUUGAAACUUCUUUAGAACAUCCAAUUCAUAAUUCAAGAAAGACUUGUUGGGACCCAUUUUUUUCAUCUCUUAAUCAGGUCCUAUCGCGGUAGAUUUUCGUUGUACCUACAGACAUAUUACCUGUCUAGUGUACCUGCUUCUUUACCGCAUUUUCCCAGCCUCCGCAAGGACCUCAACUCACUCCACGCCAACGCUUCCAUUUUUACGAAUCUUGCAUCACCACGCACCCAUUUACCACAUUACAACAUUUUACAACUAUUUUUCCAUCCAACAUUUUAUUUAUUUACUUUUUGUCUCACUCUCUAACUUCCGGAGGGGUUUUGAUAUAUUCCGGCGUGGAGCUUUUUCUGCAUCAUAAAUUUUUAAUACGACUUAAUUCACAACGCUUUUUACCUUAAUCCACUCGAUCUUACGAUAAAAAUACAAUUACCAAGUUUGAUCCUUAGAAUCAUUCAUUGCUUGAGUGUUUCAUGUUUUGAGCUUUGUUGGAUAAAAUAAAAAGUUGUAUGCACAUGAGUUUACUCAUCUGACCUCUGACCGCCUUUAUAUCCACAGCUACAUAGUUAGCAGAUCAAGCGGAUCAAGUAGGGAACAAGCAAGAGUCACAUUUUGUUUAGAACUUAUCAAGAUCGUUAUUUCAUCAUUCAUCGGAUCUUUCUUCUUUUUCCUUGAUAUUUUUGAGAAAUAUCUGAAAUACGUACAUUAUCUUCACCGUUUCCCGUUCAUACGAUUCAAUAUUCACGCCACGUCCAUUCGAUUCGAGUCAUUCACCCUACCUUCAAUUUAACAUUUACAAACAUAUAUACAUUUCAUUUCGACAUUCGAUAAGUACGAGAAAAUACGUUUGAUAAAAUUUCAUGUCCGCAAGAACAAUUUCAACCACAGCAUAAAGUACGAAAUAUAACAUUAAAACAUACAAUCCACGCCCUAACCGAAAAUGAAUUCCCGCGGUCGAGAAUCUUCCCGUCCUCCAACAAUAGUCACAGCUGCCACGGAGAAAGAAGCUCGUCGUGUCCUUGAAUGGCAAGAAGAAGUCGCUCGAAGUACAGCUGGUAGUUCGACUGCGCCUACUUCUGAUGAAGCAUAUCGUGCUGUAGCUCCCAGUCACGUUUCCCGAGCACCACCUGCUAGAAUCCAAAUUUCACAUGCACCUCAGACUCAAACUUUAGAGAGCCCACCUUUUCGAAGAGCGGAAACGUUUCCUAGAGGUAUGAGGAGGGAAGUUUAUGGUGAACAUAGACAUCCAGGUACCCAAGUUAGUGUGAGGAGGGAUAGGAAUCGAGAUGAUGAACAAACGGUUUACGUAGAUGAAGUGGAACGACAUGAUCAGGAAAAAGAAAAAGAGAAAAAUAAUGGAAUUUUUGGUAUGUCAAAUAAAGCUCUGGUCGGUACUUUUCUCGGCGCGGCUGCUGGCGCUGCUUUCGCAUAUGCAAUGGUCAAGAGUGAAGAUCCGGAAUACGAACUCGAUUCAGAACAUAAGAACAUGCCAGGUUUGCGCAGAAGUUACACAACCGGUCACGCAGAAACAAUCGCGAGUAGUAGUCGAGGCGGAGAACGCAGAUACCGAGUCAUUGAAGCGCCCAUGCCACCACCAGCCUCUAGCUAUACGCGCAUACAACGCGACCGCGAACGCGAAAGAGAAAGUGUACUGAGCCCUAUCGAAGAACGCAGUUACUACAGUUCUAUAUCCCAUACAAACACAGGCACGAAAAUUCGCACAAGAACUUCGGUCGAGCAAGGAGAGGGUUCAAAUGCUGGAACAGCUAGACCUCCUACUGCCAUUAAUGUUCGCGAUAAACCACAAAGUAUUGCACCAAGUCGAGUCAGCGAAAAAACAAGUACAGUGAAAGCAGCGAGUCGUGCCCCUACUAUGAUUUCUCGAGUCCCUCAAGCAAAAACUCAAGUCAGCAUACGGGAAUCAGAAUAUGAGUAUGGAUCUUCCCCAGCCCAGGUCUCUUCCGCAACCAAUAGAAGAAGUGGAGGAACCGAAGAAACGAAGAAAAUCUCUCACACGCAUACUACAAUUAAAUUCUCUCCAUCAAAAGUAUCAUCUCGACCUCUUCACUCUAAUGAACGCGAACGUAUUCCUCGCUCAGAAGCCACAUGGGAACGCGACGACAUAUCCGUUUCAGCCAUCAGCGAACGCCCUCGCGCGCGAGAGGUACCACUUCCCGCAUCAACGGUGAUAAGCGCGCGAUAUGGUGGUGGAUAUAGGGAACAAGGGGGCGGAUAUACGCAUGUGGGAGAUGUGGAGAGGGAUCGCAAGAGUUGUAUUGAUAGGGGUGUGGAUGAGGAUGGGAAGAGCUACUUUAAUCCUCGGGGUGCGAUGAGUGUUGCGCCUUCGGAUAGUGUUAGUAGUGUGGGGACUAAGAAGGAGAGGCUUGAGAGGUUGAGGGGGAGGUUGGAGAGGGAUUUGAGGGUUUGAUGGGGUUGAUGGGCGGGGGAUGAAGGUUGUUAUGAAGGUUGUUUA